AACUAGUCCGGGGGCUGGCUUCUGCAGUUCCGUGCUACGAGACUCCUACUCAGCGACGAAAGGUGGCGGCGGCGGCAAUGGAGGCCGCAGGGCGGCGCGUGGACUCCACGAGCUUUUGCGCCCUGGACGAAAGGAGCCAGCAAGUCCCGGUCGCAGAAUUCCUCCGCCUGCGGUAUCGGUGCUGAGGCCGCGCCGCCGCCAUUUUGGAUGCCAGCCUCCUGCUCCUGCCGCCGCCUCCGCCGCAGGGACCCGGCCCGAGGAUGCCUGCCCCCAUCAGACUGCGGGAGCUGAUUCGGACCAUCCGGACAGCACGGACCCAGGCAGAAGAAAGGGAAAUGAUCCAGAAAGAAUGUGCUGCUAUCAGAUCAUCUUUCAGAGAAGAGGACAACACCUAUCGUUGCCGGAACGUGGCCAAGUUGUUAUACAUGCACAUGCUGGGCUACCCUGCACAUUUUGGACAGUUGGAGUGCCUCAAACUCAUUGCCUCUCAGAAGUUCACAGACAAGCGCAUUGGGUACCUUGGAGCCAUGCUUCUACUAGAUGAGAGGCAGGAUGUCCACCUUCUUAUGACCAACUGCAUCAAGAAUGACCUUAACCACAGCACGCAGUAUGUGCAGGGCCUGGCUCUCUGCACCUUAGGUUGCAUGGGCUCCUCUGAGAUGUGCCGCGACCUAGCAGGGGAGGUGGAGAAGCUCCUGAAGACUUCCAACUCCUACUUGAGGAAAAAGGCAGCCCUGUGUGCUGUUCACGUCAUCAGGAAGGUGCCUGAGCUCAUGGAAAUGUUCUUGCCAGCCACAAAAAACCUGCUGAAUGAGAAGAAUCAUGGUGUUCUGCACACCUCCGUUGUCCUCCUCACGGAAAUGUGUGAGAGAAGCCCAGACAUGCUCGCUCACUUCCGAAAGAAUGAAAAGCUUGUCCCCCAACUAGUCCGUAUCCUGAAGAACCUCAUCAUGUCUGGCUAUUCUCCAGAGCAUGACGUUUCUGGGAUCAGUGACCCCUUUCUGCAGGUGCGAAUCCUGAGGCUACUGAGAAUUCUGGGCCGAAAUGAUGAUGACUCAAGUGAGGCAAUGAAUGACAUCCUUGCCCAGGUGGCUACAAAUACUGAAACAAGUAAAAACGUGGGGAAUGCCAUUCUCUAUGAAACUGUCUUGACGAUCAUGGACAUCAAAUCUGAGAGUGGCCUGCGAGUGUUGGCCAUUAACAUCCUAGGCCGGUUCUUGCUUAAUAAUGACAAAAAUAUCAGGUAUGUGGCCUUGACAUCCUUGUUGAAGACGGUGCAGACUGACCACAAUGCUGUGCAGCGGCACAGGAGCACCAUUGUGGAUUGCCUGAAGGAUCUGGAUGUCUCCAUCAAACGAAGAGCAAUGGAGCUCAGCUUUGCCCUCGUGAAUGGAAACAACAUCCGAGGAAUGAUGAAGGAAUUGCUUUAUUUUUUGGAUUCCUGUGAACCUGAGUUCAAGGCAGACUGUGCUUCAGGAAUAUUUCUUGCAGCAGAAAAAUAUGCUCCUUCAAAGCGCUGGCACAUAGACACCAUCAUGCGAGUCCUGACCACGGCAGGGGGGUAUGUUCGUGACGAUGCUGUACCCAACCUCAUCCAGCUCAUCACCAACAGUGUGGAGAUGCAUGCCUAUACGGUGCAGAAGCUCUACAAAGCCAUCCUGGGUGACUAUUCCCAACAGCCCCUUGUGCAGGUGGCAUCCUGGUGUAUAGGGGAGUAUGGAGACCUGCUGGUGUCUGGCCAGUGCGAGGAGGAAGAGCCCAUCCAGGUCACGGAAGAUGAAGUCCUUGAAGUUUUGGAAAGCGUCCUUGUCUCCAAUAUGUCGGUGUCUGCCACACGAGGCUAUGCCCUCACGGCCAUCAUGAAGCUGUCCACGCGGUUCACUUGCACAGUCAAUCGCAUCAAGAAGGUGGUGUCCAUAUACGGCAGCAGCAUUGAUGUGGAGCUCCAGCAGAGGGCAGUGGAGUACAAUGCCUUGUUCAAGAAGUACGAUCAUAUGAGGUCGGCCUUACUUGAGAGAAUGCCAGUUAUGGAGAAACUGACCACCAACGGCCCCACCGAUGUCACACAGCCCAAUGGGGAGGCAGAGCCAGCAGUCCUGGAGAGCAAGCCACCUGCACCUGGCCUGCAGCCCACAAGCCAGGCAAAUGACCUGCUGGAUCUGCUGGGGAGUAAUGACAUCACGCCCAUAAUUACAACGGCCCCUCCGAACAAGCCAGCUUCUGCAGGUGGAGAGCUGCUGGACCUUCUGGGGGAUCUCAACCCAACGACAGGUCCUCCGGCACCUCCCCCGCAGCUAUCCCAGCCCCCAUUUCUUCUGGAUGGACUUUCUUCGCAGCCCAUCUUCAAUGACAUGGCUGCUGCAGGUAUCCCUCCCAUCACGGCCUACAACAAGAAUGGCCUGAAGAUUGACUUUGCCUUUGAGCGCUCCAGUAGCAAUCCCAGCGUCACCGUGAUCACAAUACAGGCCUCCAAUAGCACCGAGCUGGACAUGACAGACUUUGUUUUCCAGGCUGCGGUACCAAAGACAUUCCAGCUGCAGCUCCUCUCUCCCAGCAGCAGCAUCAUCCCAGCAUUCAACACGGGGACCAUCACACAAGUUAUCAAAGUGCUGAAUCCCCAGAAGCAACAGCUCCGCAUGCGGAUCAAGUUGACAUAUAAUCACAAGGGCUCAGCAAUGCAGGACCUGGCAGAGGUCAACACCUUCCCGCCUCAGUCCUGGCAGUGAGCUCUGGAUCCACACACCUCACCCCACCUGGUUGGCUGAAGGACGCUGGUUCAAGUACGGCGACUCCAGGAAUCCCCCAACCGCACUGUGGCCUGAGAGCUGACAAGAGGAGCCGCUGCAGCUGCACAGUGGGGGAACUGGCCUUGCUCACCUCGAAGCAUCUCUUUUAAGACACUUUCUCUUCUCUUCUCUCCUGGCUGCAGAGCCACCAGACCACAAAAGCCACAGCCCCCUUUGUUUGAAAGGGGAGCAAGGGAGGUGCGCCCCAGGCUCUCUCCUCCCCCCUCCCUCCAGCAACAAGGAAGGGAGGAGCAUUUUCUCCCUCUUUGCUGUCUUCCCUGGUGAGGCAGGUUUUGGUUUGAUUCCCAUCUUCAGGCACUUUCAUCCAGAGUUCAUGUCGGAAACUUAUUCCAAGGAUGCUGGUGACCCUUUCUCCUUGGGGCUCCCCGAUGUUGGGGGCCCUUUCUAUGCUUGACUGUGCACCCUGAGGGCAGGGGCUUGAGUCAGAGAAGAAGGGGAUGGGUAUCUGUGGAUCUGCUGUUCAGGACUGAAGCUCCACUUGGAGGAUUUGGGCAGCAAAGCUGCACCAGGCCCCCUCUGACCAGUGCCUCCUCUCUAAGCAAGCAUCAUGAUGGACAAGACAGACUGCUCCUGCAAGUCGCUCUUCAACAUGCCCCAUCCCAACCUUUGGGACUCCUUUUGUCUGGUCAUUGGCUGUUAGCCAUGGUGGGGUGGACAGAAAGGAAAUGUGUGUUGCUAGGUGAGAUGCUUAGAGAUGGAGAGGGGGCACCCUCCACCUGCAGAGAAACUCAUCUCGAGACUCCAGUCACUGCAAAGCUGCUUUCCCCCCUCUCAGCCCCCUCUUCAUUUACUGAGUCUGUCAGUCCUGGAUUCCAUUUGAAUUCGUUCUCUUGGGACGUUUGUGUUGUAUCUGUACUAUUGGCACUGAAAUAAAGACCAUGCAGUUUAAUGAGG